UCAGUCUGACAGGACAUGCCUGCCCGGGCUGCCGAGGAUCCAGGAAGGUCUGCGGACAGAGAGAGGGGGAACGCGCACAUCAUGAUCCGAGAGAUCCCCGCCUGAAAGACGAUCACUCACAUCCUCAGCUCCAGCUCUCAUCUAAAAAGGCAUCAUGAUUCCUGUGAUGGAAUUCCGGCAGCUCUCUGAUCAGCAGCCAGCUUUCAGAGUCCUGAAGCCGUGGUGGGAUGUGUUCACUGACUACCUGUCCGUAGUCAUGCUCAUGAUUGGUGUGUUUGGAUGCACUCUUCAGGUAAUGCAAGAUAAAAUCAUAUGCCUUCCUCAGAGAGUUUUGCUGCAUCCAGAGAACACAAGUGAAGUGGAAGUGAAUUCACUGUUACACCUGCAAUCCAAUAUUUCUGCUGCACCAAGAGAAAAGACAGGCCUGAAGACGGAUCUGGAUCUGCAACAGUACAGUUUCAUCAAUCAAAUGUGUUACGAGAUGGCUCUGCAUUGGUAUGCCAAGUACUUUCCUUUUUUGGUUCUCAUGCACACACUCAUUUUCAUGGUGUGUAGCAACUUCUGGUUCAAAUUCCCCGGCUCUAGCUCUAAAAUAGAGCAUUUUAUCUCCAUGCUUGGCAAGUGCUUUGAUUCUCCCUGGACCACAAGAGCUUUAUCAGAGGUGUCCGGAGAAAAUCCUGAAGAAAAGGAUAAAAAGAGCUUCACUCUUAGGUCCAACAUCGCCGUGUCUCCUGGAGAAGGAAGCUUGGAAAAGACACAAUCCCUCAGGUCGAUCCCCGAAAAAAUUGUGGUUGACAAGCCAUCAGCGAGUGCUCUUGAUAAAAAAGAGGGUGAACAAGCAAAAGCUCUUUUUGAAAAGGUGAAGAAGUUCCGUUUGCAUGUUGAGGAAGGAGAUAUCCUUUAUCUAAUGUACGUACGGCAGACUGUGUUCAAGGUAUUUAAAUUCCUCCUGAUCAUUGCCUACAAUAGUUCUCUAGUGAACAAAGUGCAGAAUAGAGUGCAUUGUGUAGUUGAUAUCCAGGAAAUGACAGGCUACGAGAACUUUGAAUGUAAUCACACAAUGGCUCAUCUGUUUUCUAAGCUUUCCUACUGUUACCUGUUUUUAGUGGCUGUCUAUGGAUUAACAAGCCUUUACACGUCUUACUGGCUGUUUUACCGCUCACUAAAAGAAUACUCCUUUGAGUAUGUGCGACAGGAAACGGGCAUCAAUGACAUCCCAGACGUCAAGAACGACUUUGCCUUCAUGCUACACAUGAUUGAUCAAUAUGACCCGCUGUAUUCCAAACGAUUUGCAGUUUUUCUCUCCGAGGUCAGUGAGAACAAACUUAAACAGCUCAACCUCAAUCAUGAGUGGACCGCAGAGAAGCUGCGUCAGAGACUGCAGACUAACAGCAACAACAGACUUGAACUUCAACUGUUCAUGCUCCCGGGGUUACCUGACACUGUCUUUGAGUUGACAGAGCUGCAAUCACUCAAGCUAGAGAUCAUCAACAAUGUCACCAUCCUUGCCUCAAUCUCUCAACUGGAGAACCUUCAGGAGCUGUCUCUUUACCAGUGCUCUCUAAAGUUGCACACAACAGCUACCUCCUUCCUCAAAGAGAACCUGAAAGUGCUUCGUGUUAAAUUUGAUGAUAACAGGGAACUUCCAAACUGGAUGUACGGCCUGCGCAACUUAGAGGAGCUCUAUCUCACUGGGUCUCUGAGCCCUGACGCUUCCAAAAACAUAGUUCUUGAGUCACUGCGGGACAUGAAGUGUUUAAAAACGCUCUCCCUUAAGAGUAAUUUGACAAAGAUACCCCAGUCUAUAGUCGAUGUGUCCAGCCAUCUGCUUCGGCUAUACUUUCACAAUGACAGCACUAAGCUAGUAAUGCUCAACAACCUGAAAAAGAUGACCAACCUGAUCGAGCUGGAGCUAGUGCGUUGUGAUCUGGAACGCAUCCCACAUGCAAUCUUCAGCCUAACGAACCUGCAAGAGAUCGACCUGAAAGAGAAUAACCUGCGAUCAAUAGAAGAGAUAAUCAGCUUCCAACAUCUUCGAAAGCUCACUUGCCUCAAACUGUGGUACAACAGUAUCAUGUAUAUCCCAGAGCAUAUCAAAAAGCUUGGUAGCCUAGAGCGCCUCUACUUCUGCCACAACAAGAUCGAGAUAUUGCCUUCGCACCUGUUUUUGUGCAACAAGCUUCGCUACCUGGACCUGUCCAACAACGACAUCCGAUUCAUCCCUCCAGAAAUUGGUGUCCUUCAGAGUCUACAGUAUUUCUCUGUGGUCUGUAACAAAAUCGAAAAUCUACCAGAUGAGCUCUUCUUUUGCAAAAAGCUCAAAACACUAAAGCUUGGCAAAAACUCACUGUCCAUACUCUCACCAAAGGUUUCCUACCUGGCUCUCCUCACAUACUUGGACCUAAAGUUCAACCACUUUGAGGUUCUGCCACAAGAGCUUGGUUGCUGUCAUGCUUUGAAGCGCAGUGGCCUUAUAGUGGAAGAGACACUGUUUGAAACUCUGCCUUCUGAUGUCAGGGACCAAAUGAAGGCUGAGUGAGAUGCCUUAUAGUAGCCACAGUGCCUGCUGUGUGUUCUGUCUACCAGAUCAGAGCAUUUGUUUUGUAUGAACUCAUUACCAAACAUAAGUAUAACACUGCUGUUAGAAUACUUCUUUUUUAAUGUUUCCUUGAAAAAAUGCGAUGUACUUAUUCAUGUUGUCACAUGGAGUGCGGCUGCAACAGGGUUUAUUGUUCUGCUGUUCAUUUGUCACAUACUGUCACGCCACAAAUCCUUCCUAAAGUAGUAGUUCUUGCUAAGAGUCAGAUGAGAAGAUUGACAUCAAUCUCAUAUUUUCAAAUUUAACAUGACUGCCUGCUUCUGUCCAAUGGUGAAAACACACCUGCCAGCUUUUGUAAAAGUGACUGAAUAUAUCUCACAUAGCUUGCUUGUAGCUGCACUAAAACUGACAUUUUAAAAUAGCAAUUAGUUAUUGUCUUGGUUUUUAACUGGACUAUUUAAGGGCCUGGUGUAGUUCUGGUUCUCCUAAUUAGUGAGCUUUAGAGGUGCUGGAUCUGGUAGGCAUAUUUUUUAUAAUCAUUGGACAGAAACAGGCUAGCUACUUCCCCCUGAGAUUCCAGUAUGAAUGCUAAGCUAACUUUGUACUGGCUGGAGUUUCAUAUUUUGCUAACAAGCACAAGUUUCAUCCAUCUCAUUAUCUAAGUCUUGGCAAGAAAGUAAAAUAAGCCUUUUCCCAAACUAUUUUAAUGCACAUUUCCUGUCAGUGCUACAUAAAAUAAUUUGAUUACUGAAGAGAUAUUCAAACUGAUAACCUUAGUUUAGGUCAGUAGCCUUAAGUAUGUUGUAUGUUGCCCUUAAUAUUUUUUUAUUUUUCAAGAGACUGUUAGCUCAUGAGGAGCUCAGAAGGCAAAUUGCAAAAAACAAGGGAUAUAAGUACAUGUAAUGCCUUGGCUUAACAAUUCAGUAUGACAGAAAAAUGAACAUUUCAAGUGCAUUAAACGUAAAGGAUUGUAAUAUACAUGUUUUUCUUCCAAUCUUGAAAUGUGCACAAGAAAUAUGCGACCUAUUACAAAAGUGUAUUUUCAUAAACAGUAUUUUAUUUUGUUGACCAAUAAACAAAAAAACCAACAUUUGGAAAUGUCA